AUGACUCCAACUCCAAGACCCGCCACUAACUACUGGAAAUGGCUCCACUCUACGCGACGUCCCCAUCACUUUCCGCCGUCUCUUUGUGUCACCAUUCCUCCGCCGCAAAGCCCUCUCCUCCUGAACAACUUCUCCCAACCUGGGAGUCGAGCCACCGACAAGUUGGCUUCCGACUGCCUCGUCUGGCUUUGGAUGCACAAGGGCCUGAAAGCAUGGACACGGGCUUGUCUCGGCUGUCAGUGGAAUAGGGCCCAACGGUGCAUCAAAGUUCCUAUCGGCACCUUCCUCACUUCGGAUGCACAGUUCAAUCAUGUCCACCUGGAGAUUUUGGGUCCCCUGCCUCUGUUCAAUGGCUGUUCUUAUUUCCUCAUCUGCGUGGAUCGAUUCACCCGGUGGCCAGAAGCUAUCCCUCUGCCCGAUAUCACUGUUCCAACAGUCGUCAAGCCUUUCCUCAGUCGCUGGGUUGUCAUUAUCGGUGUCCCCUCCACUAUCACGACUGACCGCGGUGCCUAAUUUGAACGUAACCUCUUCCAGUCUCUUCUCCCCCUUUUAGGCUGUACUCGCAUCCACACUACAGCAUAUCAUCCGGCAGCCAACGCGAUUGUCAAGCGGUUUUACCGCCAGCUCAAGGCCUCCCUACGCGCCGCAGACGAUCCGGAGAACAAGACGGACCACCUCCCCAUGGUUCUGUUGGACAUUCACCCCUCUUUCAAGUCGGACCUUGACUGUUCCGUUGCUGAACUCGUGUUUGAUAACACCGUCCGAGUUCUCGGUCAGAUGAUCUCGCCAAACCCGACAGUUGUAUUUGAGGAGCCUAACAGCCUCUUGAACCCUCUCCGGCAAUUCAUGCGGACACUCUCCCCGGUUCCGCCCAAGCCAUCUGUCUCCGAGUCUUACCUUGAGAAAGAUUUGGCGAUGUGCUCCAACGUCUAUAUCCGAAGUGAUCGAGUCUGUCGGCUCCUGGGACCACCCUACGACGUCCUAUUCUGGGGUUAUCUCUCGUGGGACGAAGAACUUCGCAUUCAGUGCGGAACUCACGAGGAGGACGUGCUUAUGUGCCGCCUCAAAUCUGUCAUCCCGGACACUCCUCCGGAUGGCCCCUUUGAUCCUUUAUCUCCUACUCCAAAUUCGCGACCCUCUAUCGAUCCGUCCCGUAUACGUCCGCUUCCCACAUGUUCGCUACCUCCAACGGCACCUAUCCCCUCAUCAACCACCAACUCUGUAACCGCAAGCCAUACUCACUAUUAA